UUCUGUUGUCUAUAAACGAUUGCAUUUAACUAACUGUGAUAUCGCACACACAAACAGGCACACACUCAUAAUGCUCAGAAACUGUCGACGUGUGUGCGUCCUCCCUCGCCUCAAUAUAUUUGUAAACUCAUUGGACCAGCGGCAAAAGUACAGCUCCAAGUUGACUGCUGCACAAAACAGCAUGGAUAAGUUUGACUUGCCCAAGCGUUUGCAGGGCAGUACACCCAGCGUGUGGAACGAAUAUAUUACGCUGGCCAUGCAGUACAAACCCCUGAAUCUGGGCCAAGGAUUCCCAGAUGAUGCUGCACCGGAAUAUGUGACCAGUGCGCUGGCAGAUAUUGCCAGGGACGAGAAUUAUCUUCUGCAUCAGUACACCAGAGGCAACGGUCAUGUGCGGUUGGUGCAGGCGCUGUCCAAACUCUACAGUGGUCUAAUUGGCAGAGAAUUGAAUCCGCUGAGUGAUAUAUUGAUUACAUCUGGUGCCUACGAGGCACUCUACUCCACAAUAUUGGGCCAUGUCGACGAUGGCGACGAAGUCAUCAUUAUUGAACCCUUCUUCGACUGCUAUGAGCCCAUGGUAAAAAUGGCGAAUGGCGUGGCUCGCUUCAUUCCUCUUAAAUUGCGUGAGAAAGAUGGCCCCAUUAGUUCGGCUGACUGGGUUUUGGACGAUGCUGAACUGGAGAAGCUCUUCAAUGAGAAGACGAAAAUGAUUAUACUGAAUACGCCACACAAUCCCACCGGCAAGGUUUUCCAUCGCAAUGAGCUGGAACGAAUUGCUGAGCUGUGCUGCAAGUGGAACGUGCUCUGCGUCUCGGAUGAGGUUUACGAGUGGCUUGUAUUCGAUGGCGUCGAGCAUGUGCGCAUUUGCACCCUGCCCGGCAUGUGGGAUCGCACAAUAACCAUUGGCUCGGCAGGCAAAACCUUUUCGGUGACGGGCUGGAAGAUUGGAUGGGCUUAUGGGCCGCAUCAGCUGAUACGCAACCUUCAAAUGGUUCAUCAAAAUUCGGUUUAUACAUGCCCAACACCACUGCAGGAGGGCGUGGCGCGCAGCUUUGAGGUGGAGUUGGCACGUCUGGGCAAGCCGGAAAGUUACUUCCUCAGCUUGCCGCGUGAGCUGCAGCCAAAAAGAGACUUCAUGGCCGAGUUCCUGAGCGAGGCGGGCAUGCGUCCCACAAUUCCAGAGGGCGGCUAUUUCAUGAUGGCGGAUUGGUCGCCGCUUGCCCACAAGGUCGAUCUGAGCGCGGAGCCGGACAAGUAUCGUGACUACAAGUUCACCAAGUGGAUGACAAAGAACAUGGGCUUGCAGGGCAUUCCACCAAGUGCCUUUUACAGUGAGUCCAACAAGCAUCUGGGCGAGGACUUUGUGCGCUACUGUUUCAUCAAGAAGCAGGCCAAUCUCGACAAGGCAGCCGAGCUGCUCAAGCAGUGGAAAUAAAGCGUAUGCAUGUGUUUUUAUAUGUAGUAUAACUACGCAUUUAAUUGUUAUGGCAAAUAAACGAAUUUGUUUUGAA